AUGAUUAAUAUAUCACGAUUGGCUGGUUAUAAUAAACAAGAUAUUAAAAAUGUUUUAUUAUUAUUACAAGAAUUAGUUAUAACUUAUAAAGAUAAUAAAGUUAAAUUAAAUUAUCAAUCAAGACCAGUUAUAUUAUUCCUUAGUACUUUAAUUACAACAGCUGGUUUAGGAUUUUAUUUUGGUAUUAGAAAUAUUAUUACUAGAUAUAAUGAAUAUUCUUUAAAUAGAAGAUUAAGAAGACCAAGUUUAAUUAGACAAUCAUCUAAUAUUUUAAAAAAUGGUUCAAGAGAGAUUUUCAUUCCAAAAGGUAAAGGUACAGUUACUAGAAUUAUAAUUCCAAAACCAAAUAAUGAUCAGUAUGCAGCUGAUAAAUAUUUAUAUAAAGAUUUUGCAAGAAAUCAAGAAAUUUUAUCACAACAAAAGGGUUUAAUUUUUAAUUCAAAAUUUUUAAAUCAAUUAACAAUAAUUUGGAGAAUUUUAAUUCCAAAAUUUUAUUGUAAAAAUACAAGUUUAUUAUUAUCACAAUGUUUCUUUUUAAUCUUUAGAACUUGGUUAUCAUUAUUAGUUGCUAAAUUAGAUGGUCAAAUUGUUAAAAAUUUGAUUGCUGCAAAUGGUAGAAAAUUUUCAAGAGAUUUGAUUUAUUGGUUAUUAAUUGCAUUUCCAGCUUCUUAUACUAAUGCAGCUAUCAAAUAUUUAGAAUUAAGAUUAGCUUUAGGUUUUAGAACGAAUUUAACAAGAUAUAUUCAUGAUAUGUACUUGGAUAAAACAAUGGCAUAUUAUAAAAUAGAUUUAAAUUCAUCAGAAAUUGAAAAUAUUGAUCAAUACAUUACCAAUGAUGUAACCAAUUUCUGUCAAUCAUUAUGUGGACUAUUUUCAUCAAUGGGUAAACCAUUUAUUGACUUAAUUUUCUUUUCAGUUUAUCUUAGAGAUAAUUUAGGUACUGGUGCAAUUAUGGGUAUAUUUGCAAAUUACCUUAUAACUGCGAUUUUGUUAAAAAGAGCUACUCCAAGUUUUGGUAAAUUAUCUUCAGAAAAAGCUCACCUCGAAGGUGUUUAUUUUAAUAGACAUUUAGACUUAAUGACAAAUUCAGAAGAAAUUGGUUUUUAUAAAGGAUCUUUGAUUGAAAAAUUUAAAUUGUCUCAAAAUUUUAAAAAAUUAAUGGAUCAUGCAACUAAAGAAAUCAAUAUCACUGCUGCUUAUAGUGUUUUGGAAGAUUAUGUUUUAAAAUAUACUUGGUCAGCAUGGGGUUAUAUCUUUGCAGGUUUACCUGUAUUCCUAGAUGAAUUAUGGCCAGCUGAAGAUAAAAAGAAGGUACAAAAAGAAAAUGAUUCAGCAAGUGAACGCAAGAAUAUGAGACAAUUUAUUACUAAUAAAAGAUUAUUAUUAUCAUUAGCGGAUGCAGGUUCAAGAUUAAUGUAUUCAAUUAAAGAUGUCAAUAUAUUAACUGGUUAUACUGAUCGUGUUUUUAAUUUAUUAAUUCAAUUACAUAAAGUUCAUUCACCAAGAUUUGAUUAUGGUGAUAAAAGAGGUAUAUCUGAUAUUCAUGGUACAAUACAGAACAAUUAUCAUGAUGGUUUAAGAUUUGAAAAUAUACCAAUUAUAAUACCAACUAGUGAAGGUAGUGAGUAUACUCCAUUGAUCAAUAAUUUAAAUUUCACAAUUAAACAUAAAAAUAUGUUAAUUCUUGGGUCAAAUGGUUGUGGUAAAACAUCAAUUGCAAGAAUUGUUGCAGGAUUAUGGCCAUUAUAUAAAGGUUUAUUAUCAAAACCAAAUGAUGAUGAUAUUUUUUAUUUACCUCAAAAAACAUAUUUUACGACUGGUAAUUUAAGAGAUCAAAUUAUUUAUCCACACACAUAUACUGAAAUGUUAGAAAUGGGUUAUAAUGAUGAUUAUUUAUAUCAUAUUUUACGUGAAGUUAAAUUAGAAUAUUUAUUAAAAAGAGAAGGUAAUUUCAAUGUUGUUAAAGAUUGGAAAGAUGUUUUCAGUGGAGGUGAAAAACAAAGAAUGAGUAUAGCAAGAGUAUUAUUUAAAAAUCCAAAAUUAGUUAUAUUAGAUGAAAGUACAAAUGCAGUUUCAACAGAUGUUGAAGAUUAUUUAUUUGAAUUAUUAAUACUUAAAAAAAUUCCAUUUAUUACAUUAAGUCAUAGACCUUUAUUAAUGAAAUACCAUGAUUAUAUUUUAGAAAUAUCUGAUGAAGAAAAAGGUGAAUGGAAGUUACAUGAUUUAACAAGUGAAGAAAAUUUACAAAGUAUUGAUAUUGAAAUUAAAGAAAUUGAAGAAAAAUUAUCACAAAUUGAUAAAUGGGAAAAAAGAAAAGAAGAUAUUGAUAGAUAUUUAGAUGGUAAAUAUGAUGAUAUAUCAAUUGAAAGUUCAAUAGUUUUACCAGAAAGAAAAUCAUCAACAACAACAACUACUAAAUAA